CUCGCAGAAGGCUGAGCCAAACAUCACUAAACUGUCCAAAAGUGGAUCAGAACUGCGCUCUGCUGAUUUUGAGACUGCGACCGCAACCUUGUUACGAUGACUUUCACAAACACAUCCGUGGAUUUCUUCUCGCAGUUCUUUAUCUUGCAGAAUUUCUCCAUGUAUUUUAAUUUCUCUUUGGACGCGAUGUACGACAGAGGAGCGAAUUACGAGUCUGAAUCCCACAGACCGACCAUCAGAGCCCUGCUCGUCGUCGCAUAUUCUGUUAUUAUCAUCAUCUCGCUAUUCGGAAACGUGGUGGUUUGUCACGUUGUCAUUAAGAAUAAACGGAUGCACUCAGUGACAAGUUUAUUCAUCAUGAAUUUAGCCAUUGCUGACAUUCUUAUAACUCUCCUCAACACGCCUUUUACUCUGGUUCGGUUUGUUUACAGUACAUGGGUGUUUGGGAAGGCGAUGUGCCAUGUGAGCCGCUUUGCACAGUAUUGUUCUGUUCAUGUCUCUGUUCUCACACUGGUUGCUAUUGCUAUUGAUAGACACCAGGUGGUGAUGCAUCCAAUGAAACAGAGGAUGUCUCGGCUUCAGGGCAUAGCCUGGAUUGGUGUAAUCUGGGUCAUGGGGUCCUGCUUCUCUCUACCUCAUGCCAUCUACCAGAAACUGCUGCGCUUUCAAUUUAUCAAUAACAGAGUACGAAUGGUAUGUCUACCGAGCUUUCCUCACCCCUCUGAUCUCUUCUGGAAGUAUCUGGAUCUUGCCACAUUCGUCCUGCUCUAUUUAUUGCCUUUAGCCAUUAUCUCCUUAUCCUACCUUGUGGUGGCUAAGAAGGUUUGGUUCCAGAACGCUGUCGGUGAUGUCACGCUGGCUCAGUCGGCCGCACAUCGCAGAAGGAAGAAGACGACUUUGAAAAUGUUAAUAGCAGUGGUGGCCGUGUUUGCAGUCUGUUGGUUUCCUCUAAACUGUUACGUUGUGCUGCUCUCAAGCAAAGUGAUCCAGGCUAACAAUGCCCUUUACUUUACCUUUCACUGGCUGGCCAUGAGCUCUACCUGCUACAACCCCUUUAUAUACUGCUGGCUCAAUCACAGCUUCCGUGCGGAACUCAGAGCACUACCUCUAAUUGGCCGUAUAGUCAAGAGCAAUGCCAUCCAGCAAUCCUAAGGAAGCACCCAAGAUUUUGCCGUUCUGAUUAUUAUUUUAUUAUGCCAUUGUUUUUAUAAACUCAUAUUUGCAAGUGAAAGCACUGUUAUGGAUCAUCCCUCUAAUCCUAGUUAUUUCUCAUUUUUGUCCCACCCACAACUUACAUUUAGCCCUCUCCAUCUUAAGAAAAUUACACCUAAACCUGUGUUCUUUGAGAAAAGAAAAAUAAUGAAAAUGCAUGACAAAUUAAAGCAAUAAUAUAUGUGUUCUGAAAUCAGCUCGGAAUAUCAAACUUUCUUGAUAG